CAGCGUGGACACUGCAGCCUCCGGCUCGCAGCUUGCUCUGUCCACCCCGGGACCCUCGGCCUCCCGCCCGCUCCGCAGUCGCGUCCCCGCACCCGCCGCACGCGGCGUGUCCUCUGCGGCUUCGCGCGCCCCCUGCCGCCCGGAGGAACUGCGCCCCCAGCGCUGCCGCCCAGAGGGGAGCGGUUCUAGCUUGGACCCCCAUCUCCGCGUGGGAACUGCAGCUCUUUCCCCUGCCUUCAUCUCUUGAUUCGUGGCUGUUUUUUGGUCGCACUUGGCAUUCAGACCGAGGAUCGGAUCUGCCAAGGCCCCAACCCCAGGAUGGACUUCCUGUUUCUCUUCUUGUUCUACGUGAUGUUGGUGCUGGUCGCUGGUGUUCUGAUCUACCUGGGCUUAAGAACCCAGUACCUGAACGGCUUGAUGGGGAGAGGAGCCCAGGUGUUUUCUCGCCUGGUUCCAGGAUGCCUGCAGAGCGCCGUGCUGAGGUCGCUUCAUUACCUCUUCCACACGCGAAACCGCAGUUUCCUCAUCCUGCACCUCCUCCUCCAGGGAACUGUUUAUACCGAGUACUCCUGGGAGGUCCUGGGCUACUGUCUGGAGCUGGGCUUCUCCUUGUACUACCUUCUUCUGCCGUACCUGCUGCUGAGCAUCAACCUGGUCUUUUUCACCUUAACUUGUGUGAGCAACCCCGGGACUGUCACCAAAGCAAAUGAAUCCCAGUUUCUUCAAGUUUACGAGUUUGACGGAGUGAUGUUCUCCAGGAACUCAAGGUGUUCCACAUGUGACCUCCGGAGACCAGCACGCUCUAAGCACUGCAGUGUUUGUGACUGCUGUGUGCACCGGUUUGACCAUCACUGCAUCUGGGUGAACAACUGCAUCGGGGCCUGGAACAUCAGGCACUUCCUCGUGUACCUUUGCACACUCACGGCGUCCGCCAUGGCCCUGGCUGUGGUGAGCACUGUCUUCCUGGGCCAUCUGGUGGUGGCAGCCGACUUGUACUCGGGGACCUACAUUGAUGCCCGUGGACGUGUCCAGGUCAUCGACUUCAUCUUUCUUGCUCAGCACCUGUUCCUGUCCUUCCCAAGGAUCGUCUUCAUGCUGGGCUUUGUCCUGGUGCUCAGCUUCCUGCUGGGGGGUUACCUGUGCUUCAUGCUGUACCUGGCAGCCACCAACCAGACCACGAAUGAGUGGUACAAGAGCCAUCGGACCCGGUGCCAGCAUCACCCCAACAUGUGUCAGCUCCCACCCACCAAGCCCCAGGGCUCCCAGAACUUUUACUCUCGAGGGCUUUGGAGUAACCUUAGUGAGAUCUUUCUAUCGGCUCCCGUGUUUCUGGGGAGGAAGAAGAAAUGAGAGUGUGGCCUUUAUGUUGUGAGCACAUGCAUUUAUUCCUACUCAUGGUCGCUCACUGUCUUCACCCUGCUUGCUUGUCCUGGGCUUUUGUUUUUCUCUUUUCUGCAGGGUGGGUUUUUUUUUCCCCCUUUCAGUUUUGGGGCCACACAGCUCAGUGUUUAGGGUUUAUUCCUGGCUCUUCAGGGAUCACACAUUGUCGUGCGGUGGGGACCACAUGGGAUGCUGAAGAUGGAAACCCGGUGGACCAUGGCAAGGCAAGCCCCUCCAAUGGGUGGUUUGGAACGUACUUUUGGUGGUUAAAUGGAAAGGAAACAAGUUUGCGGGGCCUCACGGCUGACCCGGUAUAGUAGGAAGCUGCCCCCUCGUCCCCUCAGUGUAGGGAUGGGGAGGCCCGGGCCCCUCUGUACACACCGGGCCUGCCCAGUUGCUGCCCUUCCGUGGCCCUCCCUGAGCCUUUGCGGCCUUAUUUAAAAUUCCCACCGCGAACAUUGUCCCACAGAAACCUGAUCAUGGGUAACUUUGUAACUAUCUCACGUUGAUUUAAUAAAAUAAUUUUUUAAA